AGUUACUGUUGCAGAUUACUAUUCCAUCUGGAUGGUAGCCUGACCUUUUUGAAGUCUCUCUUUAAUGUAGAACCGCAUCUUUCCGAUUUGAUAAACCAGUAAGCGGUCGCAGCUCUCCGAUGAAGACGCCAGGCUUGUCCGAACAUCGGAAAAUCAGAAACUAAAGGAACCAGCCGUCAAAGUUUUCAAAACCCACUUUUAAACGAAGAAUUUAAGCCAAAUCUACAAGUAAACCAACCAUUUUACGACCGCAAUAACUUUCUUGAGAAGAAGAAAAAUGCAUUUUCACUCGGUAAGGUUUUAUUUCCUAGUUGUAACUCUUUCACUUGCUGAAUGCCAGGAAUCCUAUGAAAAGUUUUCCCAAGUGAGUCGAUGGGCAAAAUCUGGAUUUCAGUACCUGAAGAUGAACCUGUGUCAGAGAGUAUCGUCCUUGUCAGAAACCGAGUGCAGGAGGUUGUCGGUGCUACGGGAGAGUGGGGUGGCUAUCUAUGUAUCUGAGGUUAACUCGGAGAAAGUGGUGGCAGUGCUGCCGGACUCCAAGGCGACGGGGCUGCGAGCCCCCAAGCGAGACACGACGCAAGGAGACGGCAAGCGACACCAGGAUGUCUUUCCCGGCCCCGCGGAGCACGACGGCGUUUUGGUGUUGGACCCCAGUCCGGGAGAAAAUUUCGGACACCCCGUCGUCAUUUUCUACGUUGAUUUCAAUGUAACCAAGAAAAAGUGUGGACACAGAGACGGAAUUUUUUUAGGAGAGGAGUGCAUGACGCUGGCUUUGAAUAGCCGCUGCCAGAACCAGCUGAAGCCGCGUCAGAGCCGGAGCGAGCGCAUGGGCAGGAAAGGUCGGGCUCGCAGAGGCAUGGAGGCCCGACCCGGGAGAGCAGAGCGCAGCGAGGGUCUCUGCGAGAUACACUUCCUCCCUCAGGUGGUACUAGCAAGGAACAGGAGUAAAAUCCAACAACUCUACUGUGCAGCUUUGCAGGACUUUGCCAGAUGCCCAGAGCCCCUGCCUAUCUCCAUCUCCACUGUACCCAUUUCCAACUGCGAACUGAACAAAAAUACUCGCCGGUGCCACCAGCAGCCUUUGGCAACACACUUAUCCUGUCGGCUUUAUCAAACAUGUGACCAUGCCGUGUUGCUCUCAGGUGGCUGGCAGCAGCAGAUCACAUACCGACAACAUGUGAAUAACCUGCAGAUCUUCUAUAGCAUGUUGAGGAACAAUGGCUUCCACAAGGACCACAUAAAAACCUUCUUUGCGGGCAAUGGCCUGGAUCCAGAGGAGGUGGAAGGGGUGUAUCCAGCAACAGAGAAGGAAGUGAUCCGGAACCACAUCUCCUACGUCUGCCGCAAGCAGCACUGCGCCGAUACCUUUGUGCUUUAUCUCAACAACCCCACACGCAAUGAUGGGACCAUGCUGCUCUGGGACAGCAACCACAACGGCAUCGCGGACCCUAUGGAGCGGUACACCGUGAGCGAGCUGCUCGUUGACCUGGCCGGCUGCCGGGCCCGGCGGGUUCUGCUCUUCGUGGAGCAGAGUUACAGCACCACGCUGGCCAAGAGGCUCAGGGGUUCCCUGAAGCACGUCAACGUGGCACUGCUGGGCAGCGCGUACCGGACUCAGACAGCCAGCUUCUGGGGCUCUCUGCACCCCAGCCAUUGCCUGAUAGAGCACCUGGAUCAGGUGCCAGCAACGCCCCAGCCUGUGAAUUCCUCUCCCGAGCUCUUGAACGUCACCCUUGCCGGUGCCCCCUGCAAUCUCACACCACCGCUCACAGAGGCCGAGAUGCGCAAGCAGUACAUGGGAUGUCAGAACCUGCCGACCGCCUUGUGGUACCAGCGUCAGAACCAAGACGGCAAGAAGUAAGAAUUGCCACGGUAACGACUCCCUCUUAUUCAUAGAUGCCUCUAUCACCUCACAAUGGACGUUGGUUGCAACUCAGAAGCUGAGAUCUAAUCCCACUGGCAACUACUGGAGGAUGAUCGACCAUUUUCAACGUACUGUCCGGUGAAAAUAAAUAGGAAAAAUGCUUACUCUUAGCAGUGUAAAUGCCAAAAUGUUCAAAAGCUGGAAGUUUUCAUUCACUAGCCAACAUGCACUCAAAACUGCGGCUAAGUGCACUUUCACUUCUAUUUUCCAUCCACAAGUGAUUCCUGUAAUUCCACAUGGAAAGGAUUCAGAAGAGUAGUGGCCCAGAUUUAUGCGCUAGGGGGAAGACUCCAGUGUCCUCUCUCUGAACUCUGGCAUGUACACUUUCCCUUACCCAUGAGCACGUAGUACCAUGAGAUGAGCACCGUCCUGAACGGGUGGCAGUGGAGGUGGUUCAGCUGGGGGGGCAGCGUUAGGUCUCCGGGAGAGCACCUUCCAUGGGUCACUGCGCACAUCCAUCCCCAGGAAAGCAUGGCACCUCCAGCACACACCACACUGUCCCAGAAUGCCCGUGUCCUGCUGUGAGGCUGAUGCCUUCCCCAUGAUUUAUACAUGAGGACGGCUCCUGCCCUGCGCUCAAACACAAGGCUGCUGCUGUCACCCUGACAGCCUGCCAGAUACACAGAAUCGCAGUUAAGGCCCAGUUUGGGAUCAGUCAACCACAUUAACAGAAGCUCCCAAAGGCACCUAUAGAAACUGCUGCAAGCUUCAGCACUUGUAAAGGAAUUAAAUGUUUUACCACAGUUUUGGACACAGAAUAUAUAUAUCUAUCUCAUGCGUAAACAAGUACAAAUUCACAGACACAGUGUUGCACAGUUGAUGUUGAGACGUGUUCCACUGAGACUUUGGGAUGAGAACAUGAACACGGCAGCCUUACAAAUUUCCGUCAGCAAACUCCUUCCAGACGCACCACCUAAAUGUGGUGUGUGCAGCCAUGUGUCAGCUGGAGACAGACUCACGAAGGGAGCUCUUCAUAGCAGACAAAGCGCGUGUUUACUCUGUGUGUAUGUCUUCCGUGCUUGACCAAUGACAUGUUUAUUGUUCAAUGGAAUCCAUAAUCCCCCCCUUUGUCUAUUUUAAACUACAAAUUGUGUAAGCAGCUGUACAUAUUUGUAAUAAAUUAACUUUUGUACAUAGUAAA